AUGUCAGAAAACAAAGAUUUCGGCAGCGGGCUCCCCGGCGGCCACGAUGACAAGAAGGAUUCGUCACGCGGCGACUCGGACGGGACGUCGCCCGAUGUCGAGCGGCUCGAGCAAGCAGGUCCGCCCGGCUAUGGCGAGGUUCUUGUCAACAGUGCGAGGGAGAAGCACAUUACCAAGAAGCUCGACAAGCGUAUUGUGCCCAUGGUCAUGUGGGUGUACUUGAUGAACAUGAUGGACCGAGUUAAUAUUGGCAAUGCCCGUUUGUUCGGUAUGGAGCAGGAGCUUGGGAUUACCGGCGCUCAGUUCCAGCUGGCCGUGUCGGUGCUUUUCAUCACAUACUGCUUGUUCGAAGCCCCCUCAAACAUGAUCAUCAAAAAGCUGCAGCCCGCAUACUACCUGACCGGCCUUACUUUAAUCUGGGGUAUUAUCGCCACCUGCUCCGCCUUUGUCCAGAACUUUGCCGGUCUCAUCGCCUGCCGUCUCUUGCUCGGCCUGUUCGAGGCCGGCUUUUUCCCUGGUGUGGUCCUUUACCUGAGCAUGUUUUAUGGCCGCCGCACACUGGCACUGCGAAUCGCCCUCUUUUACGGCACUGCCGCCCUGUCCGGCGCCGCUGGUGGCUUUGUGGCUUAUGGCAUCAGCUUUAUCGACGGCGCCCGAGGCAUGCGCGCGUGGCGUUGGAUCAUUUUGAUUAACGCCCUGCCUACCAUUGUUACUGCUCUCGUUAUCCCCUUCGUCCUUCCAAACAGCCCAGAAACGGCUAGGUUCCUGGACGAAGACGAGAAGCGCGAUCUGAUACGCAUCCAUGAGCAGCAGGUCGGCCGCGCCCAUAAUCUGAGGAAUAUGAUCAAGAGCGAUGUCAUCGACGGCCUAAAGGACUGGACCACCUACGCCUACUGCUUCGCGCUUUUCCCCCAGCUCGUUAUGCUAUACAGCUUUGUCGUCUUCCUGCCCACCAUCAUCCACGCCUUCGGGUCUUGGUCCAACGCCGAAGUCCAAGCCCUGACGAUCCCGCCCUACAUUUUCGGUGCCAUUGUUUACGUCGUCUGCGCGCACCUCAGCGACAAGACCCAGCGUCGCGGCUACUUCGUUAUGGGCGCCAUUGUGUCGGCCAUGGUCGGUUAUGGCAUGCUGCUGGCAAACGCCGGUGCCGGUGUUAGCUACACUGGCUGCUUCUUUGUCACCGUCGGCAUCUUCCUGUCGGCCGGCAUUUCGUUUGCUUGGGUGCCCACCAACAACCCCCGCUACGGCAAGCGUGCCAUCUCGACAGGCCUGCACCUAACCAUCGGAAACUCGUCUGGUGUCGUUUCGCCCUUCCUCUUCACGCCCAACGAGAAGGGCCUUUACACCCCCGGCUACGCCGCCAGCAUCGGCCUGCUGUGUGUUUCCCUUAUCCUGAACGUCAUCCUCCACCUCCACUUCAAGCGCCAAAACAAGCUGCGCGAUCAGGGCAAGCAGGACCACCUCGUGGGGGGCAAGACCCAGCUCGAAAUCGAGGCCAUGGGAGAGAAGAGCCCCCUUUUCCGUUACGCCACGUAA